GUGGUUAAACGCCACGCUAAAACACACGUAAGCCCGCAGGAUGAAAAUGAAGAUCGUGUUAACGUUGCUGUUGCUGACUGUCUCCCAGUCAUCCUGGGUGUCUUGUGGAGAGUCAGUGAAAGAAUCAACUGAUAAAGUAUCAUCAGCAUCAGACACUGAUUCAUCAAGUACCGAGAAGAAGACCGAAAAACGUGGACUUCAUGGUAGUUAUGGAGAUCUUGGUAGCUACGGUGGUGGAUAUGGUCAUGGACAUGAAGAGCAUGUCAAGACAGUGACGAUAGAGAAGAAGGUACCAGUACCUUAUGAGGUGACAAAACAUGUUCCAUACUUGGUGGAAAAACCAGUACCUUAUGAGGUUAAAGUUGGAGUACCACAACCCUACACCGUUGAGAAACAUGUACCUUAUCCAGUGAAGGUGUUUGUGAAGGUUCCAGUACCAGUGCCUCAACCUUACACCGUUGAAAAGAAAAUUCCAUAUGAGGUUAAAGUACCUGUUGAUAAACCAUAUGAAGUCAAAGUUUACGUUCCACAACCCUACACCGUAGAGAAGCACGUUCCUGUACCAGUUAAAGUACCAGUACCACAACCUUACACUGUUGAAAAGCACGUGCCUUAUCCAGUAAAGGUUAAAAUACCAGUGCCAGCACCAUAUCCAGUUGAAAAACAUGUUCCAUAUGAAGUUAAAGUUCCUGUUGAUCGACCUUAUCCAGUUCAUGUACCUAAACCAUAUCCAGUAACUGUUGAAAAACCUUAUCCAGUUCCUGUUGAUAAACCUGUCCCUUAUGAGGUUAAAGUACCCGUUGAAAAACCAUAUCCUGUUCCAGUUGAAAAACCAUAUCCUGUACCAGUUAAAGUACCCGUUCCUCAACCCUACACCGUUCACAAACCCGUUCCUGUGCCAGUGGAGAAACCUGUGCCUUAUCCAGUCAAAGUCCCUGUUGAUCGACCUUAUUUAGUCGAAAAAGAAGUACCUGUUCCUGUUGAAAAGGAAGUUCCAGUACCUGUCAAAGUCCCUGUACCUGUUCCUGUCCACGUUCAUCAUGAACAUCAUCAUCAUCAUGAAAGUCAUGGUGGCUUUGAACCCUCUACUGGAUUUGGCCAUGGUGAUGGUGGAUAUGGAGGACAUGACUUUGGUCAUCAUUAGACAAUUGUUGGGUGGUUAGGUAUUGUAAAUUGUUUAUUCCUUUUUUUUUUCCAUUUCUUGUUAAUUCUUUCAAAUAUUUUUUUUUUCCUUUAUGUGUGAUAAUACUUCUACUUAGGCUAAAUUGUUCUUUCCCUCCCCUAGACUCUUUCACCAAUAUCUCUAUCUAUUUUUUACUGAUUAUAAU